GGCAACUUCGUCACGUAUGGAUCAAAUCAGGACUUUUUGUAUGAACCGUCCGCUUUCGGUUUCACGGAACGUGAAAUGCCAGCACUUCCUGAUGGUAAAUACAUCGGUAUCGGUGCUUCGAAAGGCGCUAAACUAAUUGAUGGUCCUGGUGGGCCUGGAAACAUGAAUGCUGCGUUAUUCAUGGAUUGUGAGCAAUUUGUUUACAUAUGCUCUUGA